AGCCGGAAGCGGGUCUCUCAUGCGAGCGGGGUGUUGCUGCUUCUGGGAUCAGAGACGUUUUGGGCCCCAAGUCCCGCCGCCGCCUCCUUCUCCACGCGCCCCCUUCCUCGCUGCUGCCGCCGCCUCCUCUCCCCCGGGCCCCGCUCUCCAUCCUCCUCCUCCUCCUGGGAUCCGGCAGCAGCGAGGCCCUGGUGGUGGCGGCGGCGGAGAGAGGCCCCGGCCCCCGCGGAGACCCCGGCAGGAGUGAGAGACCCCGCCCCCCGGAGAGCCCGGCAGCGAGCGGCGAGAGGCCCGGGCGGCAGUGGCUGUUGGUGACAGCUUACCAAGGUGGCCAGUAAAGUUCUCUCUGAGGAGCCAAAAAGCAGACAGCUCAUGACUUCUGAUCAGGACACUAAAGUUGUGGCUGAACCGCAGGUGCAGCAAGUACAAGAAGUUAAAGACAGUUCUCACCUAGAGUCAACCAAGGUUUCUGAGUUAAAUCCUAAUGCAAAGGUAUGGGGGAAUCAUAUGUUACAUUUGGAAGCUAGUGGUGCCACUGAUGGUAGCGUGAACAAAACCUGGGAAGAAAUACCUGACCAUCCUCCAGAUUCCUGCAAAGAAGGACUGGAUGCCAAUGGUGAUGGUGACAAAAAGCAGCAAAAUGCAGUGUUAACAGAACUGCAAGAGCCAACGCUAACAGUUCCAGGGUCGGACCAAAGAGAUAUGAACCCUUUGGCUCUAGAUAAUUCUGAGUAUGAAUCAAUACAUGAAACCACCCAGACAGGAGGAAAUGACCAAUUACAGCCAGAAGGUCAGGAAGACCUACGAGAAGUGCUUAAAAAAACACUGGAGUUCUGCUUAUCUAGAGAGAAUCUUGCCAGUGACAUGUACCUUAUAUCACAGAUGGACAGUGAUCAGUAUGUGCCAAUAAUGACAGUAGCAAACCUUGAUCAUGUCAAGAAACUCAGUACUGAUAUGGAUUUGAUUGUGGAAGUGCUGAGAUCAUUGCCUUUAGUCCAAGUGGAUGAGAAGGGAGAGAAAGUCAGGCCAAAUCAGAAUCGUUGCAUUGUGAUUUUACGUGAAGUACCAGAAUCUACACCCAUUGAAGAGGUUGAAGCGCUCUUCAGGGGAGAUAAUUUGCCUAAAUUUAUCAACUGUGAGUUUGCCUAUAAUGACAAUUGGUUCAUUACAUUUGAGUCAGAAGCUGAUGCACAGCAGGCUUACAGAUACCUUAGAGAAGAAGUGAAAACUUUCCAAGGAAAACCAAUUAAGGCAAGGAUAAAAGCAAAGGCAAUAGCUAUAAAUACAUUUUUGCCAAAGAAUGGAUAUAGACCUCUGGACAUGAACCUCUACACACAACAGCGUUAUACAGCAUCCUUUUAUUUACCUCCAGUAUAUAGUCCCCAACAGCAGUUUCCUCUGUACAGCUUAAUUGCUCCACAGACCUGGUCUACGACACACAGCUAUCUUGAUCCAACAUUGGUAACGCCAUUUCCCAAUGCUGGAUUUAUCAAUGGCUUUACAUCACCAACCUUCAAGCCCCCUGCUUCUCCAUUGACUUCACUCAGACAGUAUCCUCCCAGAAGCAGGAAUCCUAGCAAAUCACAUCUACGGCACACCAUACCCAAUGCAGAAAGGGGACCUGGGCUUCUAGACAGUCCUACAAUAUUCAACUUUUCUGCUGAUCGUUUAAUUAAUGGUGUCAGGAGUCCACAGACAAGGCAGCCGGGGCAAAACAGGACACGGAUGCAAAAUACUACUACAAGUUAUACCAAGAGGGAUAUAGGAACUGGACGAAUGGAACAGACUAAUAUUGACUCUUCCCCUGGUUUAGGAAGAGGAAGGAAAAAUUCAUAUGGCUAUCGAAAGAAAAGGGAGGACAAGUUUACAAGAGGUCAAACGCAGUCUCCGCCACCUCCAAAGCCUCCAUCUCCUAGUUUUGAAUUGGGAUUAUCCAGCUUCCCUCCAUUACCUGGGGCUGCAGGCAAUUUGAAGACUGAAGACUUGUUUGAAAACAGACUGUCCAGUGUCAUAAUGGGAACGUCAAAGGAAAGAAACCUAAAUGUGGAUGCAAGUACAAACACUAUUCCAUCAGGAAUUCCUCGAGAGCCAUUGUUGCCAGCGUCUCCUGCUCUGUCUGGGACGUUUGAAAGGUCUCCUUCCCCAUCCCAGUCUCCUGAUGACUCCAAGGUUGUCGACAAGCAGCAGAGAGACACACAAAGUAUGGAAAGACUUUCUUCCACGCUCAGUACUGCAUGUAAAUCAGUACAAGUCAAUGGGGCUGCCAUAGAACUACGAAAACCUAGUUAUGCAGAGAUUUGCCAGAGAACAACUAAGGAUCCACCUACGUUGCAGCCCCAGAAAGAACAGAAGCCAAACACUGUAGCUUGUGGGAAAGACGAAAGAAAACCCACAGAAACAAUAGAGAAAAACAGAGAACCCCCUCCCACAAAGUCAAAUCCAGGACAGCCCAAAGACCAGAGGAGACAGUCAGGGCGCAGAUCGCCCCCUCCAGCCGUUGGGAAACGUUUAAAUAAAGAACAGAACACCCCCCCAAAGUCUCCUCAGUGAAACUAAUGCUUGGGAGGGGGUUGAAAAGAGUUCUACUUCCCACAAAUUAAAACCCAUGUUCCCACUCAGAGUACAGAGAAUGAGUUGCUGGCUAGGGAGCUUGCAGUGCUGCUAGGCAUAUAGAAUGCCUGCAAGUUUUUUCUUCUAUGAAAUAAUUUUUUACCCUCUUGAGCAAACGUUCUAUUUUUCCAGGAUUUAAUUGAUCUAAACCUUAUAUUUAGGUUGGUGCUUAACUGGAGGUGAUGCUUAGUCUGAUUAUUUUCAAGAUAGAAAAUGUGUUGUCUUAAAAAAAUCAAUUUUUUUAUCAAGCCUCCUUAUGGCAAUAUGAAUACAAGCUCAAUAUAGUGAGUAUUCCUGAACUAUUAAGCAGAACUGUGCUGCUGCAAUUUUUUAAUAAACUAGUCUGCAAGUAACUAUAUCUCUAAAAUGUCCAAAAGACUGAUAAUGGCAGCUAGCGUAGAGCAUGAAAAAAAGUAUAUCGUACAAAAUAGUAUGAAUAUGACCUUGAGGGUUUUUUUAUUGGGCUGCUGUUCCAAGUAUCAGUUAAUAAACUUGCACUUUUAGGUUAAACUAAUAGUUGAUUAUAGCAUUUUUUUAAAACUAAUCUUUUUUUGAUGUCUUCUGCAAAAAAAAAAAAAAGUAAGUCCUCCAGAGAGCACCAAUAGAGAUUUUCUAAAAUAUUUAUGUUUGGAUGUACUGCAAGCAAGUAACCAGCUUCUCACUCCAGAAUAAAAUGAAUACUAUAAUUUCCAAAUACAAAGCACAUUGUGAAUAGAAAAAAAAAAAAAUGUGAGGUCGUGAGCUUCUAUAGUGGUGAAGCCUGCUAAUGGCUGUUAUCACAAGAAAGCACAGUAGUGUUCUUGUGAUGAUCUAAACUUCCCCCUCACCAGGAUGGAGUUAACUAGUCAUUACUGUACUUUCUAGUUUAUCCCUGUGCUCAGUGUAGACUUUUUUUUAACUUGGCCCCAAGUGCUCUUUGAAAGAGUUCAUAUCUUAGUCAGCCUAGUGUUGACGUCUUCCUGUAACUACAAGCAUUGGCAUGUGGAUUUAAAUUUUUCUAACCUUGAGAGAAUGGUAUUUGUUUUUUGUGGUGGAGGAAGAGAUCCCUGCUAUUUACCUCUGGGAUGAGGUUUCUCACACUUGUAUUUACUUUAGAAGUGAUGCGCUUUCUGAAGGACAAGGAUGCACUAAAUUAGCAAGCUUCUAAUAAAGUUGAAUAUAAAUUAUUUUUGUUUUAAAAUGCCUAAAAAUUUUCUUUAAGUGUUUAAAUAGCAGGCAGUUCAGAUAAACCUCUUUCCUGCUGAAUAUAACAGUACAGUUUAUUCCACAAAAAUGUUUGUUUAAACAACUGAUUUUUUUAAAGAAUUAUUUCCAUCCAAUAUUUAAAGACUUGAAUUUUAUUUAAACUUGAAAAUGACUUUGCCUUAACUUUUGUAUAAGACAGCUUAGAGUUAAUGAAGUCUGACCCCCUUAAGGGUUAGCAUGAGUUAAUUACAGAAUUACUCAGUUACAGUAUGUAUCUAUUGUCACUGGUCUUACUGGGUAAACAUACUGUAGUACAGGAACUAGCAGCAGUUUUUGUAAUAUACCUUAAAGAUCUUAAACAGUUGAUCUUUUUCAGAUUGUUGAAAAAUCUGUAAAUGCAAAUAGUCAAUACUGUAUUAAAUAUGUGCACUUGGAAGUGUGUGCUUUGCUUGUACAGUUGUAAAUAAUCAGAACAUAUAAAAAGGUACCCUAAAGAAAAAAAAUCUGAUAAAAAUUAUUGAUAUAUUAUAAAUGUUGCUGUUGAGCUGGAUGUAGAUAAACUAAAUGUUGUGGUUUGAAUAUUACUUUAAUUUGUUGUUUUUUGUUUUUUAUUUUAUUCUGGUGUGCUGAACUGACUCUGCCUCUUCACUGCAAAAGGGAAAUGGAAAGAAAGUCUUAUUUCAAAGCCCUCAAAUGUUUUCAUAAUAGUCUCUCUAAAAGUGUGCAUUUCAACCAAUAGGUGUUCCGUAACAUAAUGUAAAUAGCAAACUCUGGCAGUCUAGCAGUUCAGCUGAAAUUUUAAAAAUCCCAGUCAUAAAAUCAAAUAAAUUCAUUGGGAUAAUAGUUCAAAUCACCAGGAAAAAACACCCUGAAGCUUAUUUAACCACCUCUUCCAGGGAGAGUAUCCAUGCUUACGUAGAUGGAUAAUGACAUUGACUAUGGCUGUGUGUAAAAAUAACUUAAAAAAAAAAUAAAGUAGCAGUUAAUUUCCUAGCAAUUUUUAUACUGCAGACAUCUGAUGGCAAUGAAUUGACCUUUUAAAUCCAGCCUGCCGUGUACUGCAGAGUUGGUUAACAUGGGCAAGAUGGGAUUUGUUUGUUCCUUGGUUAAAAAGCACACUUUGAAUUCCGUUGGAGGAGAUAGGACUCUGACAAUAGUGAACAUCAACAAAAUUUAGAAACCAGUUCUGUCAUUGGAUUUUAAUACUUAUCCUUUCCCCAAUGGGCAGUGAAAAUGGCAGCUAGACUUGUAUAUGGUUUAGGCCAGCUGUGUGAUUUGUUGUUUGCCUGCUGAAAGUAUAAAUCUCAACAGCUGCAAACAAUACAAAAUGGUCACUUACAGCACCAGUGUACAGCUAAUCAUAAUAGCCAACUGGGACAUAAGGUAAUAUAUUGAGACCAGCGGAUUGUGUUGUGCUGUUCUAAUGUAUUCUGCUGCCAUUUGUACUAGGUCAAUACACUGUAAUUACUGCUUACCCAGCAACAGUCUGUUGCAACAGGAGUUUAAACCUUGCUCUGAUGUGGUUUUAUAGCUUUUUAAAAAUAAGCAAAAGUGACCUGCCAAGUAGCUGUAUAUAAUAUACAAAAACUUAUCUUUGCUGCAUUUACUUUGAGAUUUUUCCACUCAGUGACAAAAUGGACUUUCAGAGUAGAAAGUUGUGAUGUUGCAUGCAGACUGUUGCUAUGGUUCCUAUAGCUAUUAACAUGUGGCUUUUAAAAAGUUAAAAGGAAAAAUUCCUCCCAGAAAGCAGUAUCUGAGUUACAGGUUCAGAGAUAAAGUAAUUAAAAUUGGCAUUUUAACUUG